AUGGUUUACUUUGGACCGAGCAAGGGCUGUCAACUCUGCCGCAAGAGACGUGUGAAGAAACAUCGAGAAUGGGAAAUCGCUGUUUUGAAUUUCAACGACGAUGAAAGUCGCGGAAUCACGUUCAACGACGACGCGAGUCGCGGUCUGACUCUCAACGAUAAAGCAGAUCGCUUUCUGGUCGAUUACUGGGACUAUGGAAGUAUAUACCCUAGCUUCCAACAGCAAAGCGUGGACAGCGACUUUGAAUCGCUAUCCUACUUCUUCACCAACUGCUUGAGCCCCCCACGCGAAGUACACACACACCUUUUCGUCGAGUCUUGUUUUCCUCUCUACGCUUCGUCUCCUCCGGACUCGCCACUACGGCAUGCCACCUUAGCUGUGGCUACAGUCUGUCUCGAAUUCAAGCGGACAUGGAGACCACACACGGUGGCUGCUCAGAGACACUGGGCGAAGGCAGUUUCCACCACAAGGAAUGCCAUCUUGAAUCCUGUACUCGCUCGCAGUGACGAAAUUCUGGCCGCGAUCUUCAUGCUGGACUUCUAUGAAGGUCUGGUUCGCCGCUAUGUGAAACUAAACAGCAAUGCGGAGAUCCAUCAGAGAGCCGCGAUGGCGGUCGUGAGUGCACGUGGUCUACCUGAUCCGACAAGCGAGUCAUCACAGCGGCUGUUCAGUGCGCUCAGGACAAAGCAUGUCAUGUUACAUUUCCAGACUGGUAGGCGCGUUGCUGACUUUCACGAAAUGCUCUUCGACGCUCACCGGUGGCCGAUAUCGAGACUGGACUCAGUCAUAGCAGACAUGGCCAAUCUAAGCGCGGAUAUCAGGGAGUAUGGCUUCGGCGACUCCAAGUAUGGCGGCACUUACCAUCAACGCUGUGUCGAAAUCAUUGCACAACUACGAGCAUGGCGCCAGUCGAUUCCGCGAUCAUGGGAGGCAUGCGCCAUCGACCAGCAUCAGCUGCACCCAACGAUCACUGCAGCCGGCAUAUACGAGGGUCUCUGUGACGUGUACAGCACGCACACGGUAGCUCAGAUGAUGAAUUUUUGGCGCGUUCUGAGCUUGACAGCACUUCGGCUACUCAGUCAGCUGGGGCCCGCCUCGCAGGCUCCGAGCAUCACAACCGAGAUCCAGGUAAUUGUCGAUGAGAUUUGCGCCAGCGUGCCCUUUCAUCUGGGCAAUCGGAUGACCUACCACACGGAAAAUACAUCGCUUCACUACCCUAUCGUACCUCCCUGGCUAGCCUUUCAGACAGCGUAUGUCGACGCUGCAGGUCAGCCAACAACUCCAACAGCCACGGACCACAUCAGAAACGCUAUUUUCAAGGGAGCCUGGUUGAUCCUCACCCCGCUCUGCACACUGAUGGACUUCAGUCGGCCGCCAGUAGGACACGGCGCGUCGUUGCUUCCGCCAAUCAAGCUGCGUGCGGGUCAAUUAGAGUGGAUAGAAGCGCAGUGCCGGCGCGCGCAUCUGGUUACUGCUGUGCCCUGGCCGUAUGGUAGCGCGCCGCUCGUCAGUAUCGUAGGGAGCUUAUCGACAACACCGACCUGGGGAAGUGUCGUCGUGGCACCUACAUCGGCACAGGAGAGCACAAGUGAUGGCUAUGAGGGUUCCGAUGGGGAGGAGUGA